UGAUAACAAUGGCUGUUUCCUUUGGAAUCCAUGAUUAUAUCGAGGGAGGUGUGAUUACGGCUGUCAUUCUUCUCAACAUAAUUGUCGGAUUCAUCCAAGAUUACCGGGCAGAGAAAACCAUUCUAUCAUUGCACAAACUAUCCGCCCCAGAAUGCAAAGUCAUGCGUCACGGCCGAGUUGUAUCUAUCAAGGCAGAAUCCCUCGUUGUGGGCGACAUAGUACAGCUGACGGUUGGAGAUAUUGUCCCUGCGGAUAUGAGGCUUUUCGAAGGAAUAAAUGCAGCCAUGGACGAAGCGCCUUUGACCGGCGAGUCAUUACCGGUUGCUAAGACACCACAUGUCACGCUUUCCUCUCCAGAUAUGCCCAUCGGUGAUAGGACCAACAUGGUCUACUCUGGAUGCAACACCACCCAGGGAAGGGCUAGUGGAAUUGUUAUUGCUACCGGAAUGCUAACAGAAGUUGGACGAAUUGCCGAGUUGCUUCAAGACAAGAAAGGUGCGGAGGACUCAAAUAUACUCGUUCGGACACUGAGGCAUGGGAAGUUCACUAUUAAGAAUCUCCUCGGACUGAUUGGGACGCCAUUGCAAGUUAAGUUGAGCAAAUUCGCUCUCCUUCUAUUUGCGUUGGCCGUUCUCCUGGCCAUAAUAGUCUUCUCUGUGAGCAAGUGGGAUAUAGAGGGGGAGGUCUUGAUUUAUGGAAUCUGUGUUGCUGUGGCCGUUGUACCAGAGUCUUUGAUUGCCGUACUUACGAUAACAAUCGCUGUCGGAACCAAGGAAAUGGCCAAGGGAAACGUUAUCGUCCGAAAGCUACAGUGCCUGGAAGCAGUUGGAGGGGUAACCAAUAUCUGCUCUGACAAGACGGGCACUCUGACGCAAGGUAAAAUGGUCGCCCGAGCCGCAUGGAUUCCAAAGGCAGGGACUUUAACGGUCGAUCAAACAACCAAUCCAUACGAUCCAACGAGUGGUCUUGUACAACUAGAUGAAGUCGACCCUGAACCCGGAGUAUUUGGUGAUAAUACUGCCUUGGGCCUUUUCCUCACAGCCAUCGCUCUGUGUAAUCUGUCAACUGUACAGAAUAACGCCCAGUCUUUUACUGGGGAGGCCGAUCGAAUUGAGAAGCGAAACUGGAUAGCCGUUGGGGAGCCAACGGAGAUCGCCCUUCAUGUUCUGGCAAUGCGAUUUGGCUAUGGGAAGUCAGAUAUACUCCAGCGCCGACAGGUGGAGCUCCUUACAGAGUACCCGUUUGAUUCCUCAAUCAAGAGGAUGACAGUCGUAUACAGAAAUUCAGCUGAACAUAUCAAUGAAGUUUACACGAAGGGAGCACCCGAGGCUGUCAUAUCAGGUCUGGACGUCACCGAGAAAGAGAAAGACGAAAUAAAAGAGACAGCUGAUAGGAUGGCCAGUAAGGGUCUCCGUGUUCUCUGUGCUGCAUACAAGAAGACGGCAAUGAACGCCGACUCGCAGAUAUCUCCACGCAAUGAAGCCGAAUCUGGCCUUAGGUUUUGCGGCCUUGUGGGGCUGUAUGAUCCUCCUCGCAUCGAAACUGCUGUCUCAGUACGGAAAUGCCAAAUGGCUGGCAUAACUGUGCACAUGCUCACAGGAGAUCAUAUCCGUACUGCUACUGCGAUAGCGUCUGAGGUCGGGAUCUUGGAUGCCAUGUCCGCUGUCAAAUCUAGUCAAUUAGUUAUGGCGGCCGAAGAAUUCGACCAAUUAUCCGACAAUGAGAUUGAUGCCAUUGAACAGUUGCCUCUUGUAAUUGCACGUUGCAGCCCCUCCACCAAAGUUCGAGUGGUAGAGGCAAUGCAUCGUCGGAAUGCCUUUUGUGUCAUGACCGGGGAUGGUGUAAACGAUUCACCGGCACUGAAGCGUGCAGACGUAGGCAUAGCUAUGGGAAAGAAUGGAAGUGACGUCGCCAAAGAAGCCGCAGACAUGGUAUUGACGGAUGAUAACUUCUCAUCAAUUGUCAGAGCAGUGGAGGAGGGAAGGCGGCUGUUUGAUAACAUCCAAAAGUUUCUAAUGCAUUUACUGAUAUCAAACAUUGCUCAAGUUAUUCUACUUCUGAUUGCUCUCGCAUUCAAGGACGCGGCAGGAAAUUCGAUAUUUCCACUUUCACCUCUUGAGAUAUUGUGGGCAAAUCUGAUUACUUCAUCCUUUCUUGCGGUAGGAUUAGGGCUAGAAGAGGCCCAACCAGACAUCAUGUAUCGCCCUCCACACGAUUUGCAAGUUGGUGUCUUUACCCGCGAGCUUAUUGUUGAUAAAAUGAUAUACGGAACUUUUAUGGGAUCGCUGUGCCUGGUGGCUUUUGUAUGUGUCAUAUAUGGAGAAGGCUCUGGCUCGUCUGAUAUGGGGGAUGAUUGCAAUGAAGGAUGGAACGACAGCUGCAACGCUGUUUUCCGGGCGCGGGCUACAACAUACGCUACCCUGACUUUUCUGUUGCUAGUCACGGCGUGGGAAGUGAAGCAUUUCUCCCGGUCUCUAUUCAACCUCGAUCCUGCGCGGUACGCAGGCAAGUUCUCGGUUUUCCCAUCGCUUUGGCGAAACCGGUUUCUAUUCUGGGCCGUGGUGGCCGGCUUCGUGAUUGCAUUUCCGGUGAUCUACCUGCCAGUGGUCAACCGAUUAGUUUUCAAACACAAAGGCAUCGGCUGGGAAUGGGGAGUUGUGUUUGGAUGCGUGGUAGUGUAUUUGGGGUUGGUAGAAAGUUGGAAGGCUGUGAAACGAGCGUUUGGGAUCGGAAGCGGCAAACAUUCCAUGUUGAGGAUGGAAGAUGCGGAGAUGCGAGCAGGUCUGACGACAGAAACUCCGCUGUCAACGAGUACUAACACAAGCGUGGACGCGAGUGUGGAGGCGAAGUAGAGCCGUGCAGCAAUAUCGCGUCAGGCUGUGGUCAGGGUAGGUGUUCAACACACCUUCUAUUGGUUUAUCCUUCUGUCAACCAGAUGGAUCAGGUCUUUCUCCAUGGUUUUUUAUCACUCACCUUCAUACCGUCAUUAUAGAAAACAGUCAUUCUAUCCAGGCUAAACUUCCAAGUCUAUAAAUGGAUCAAAUCAUCUAGCAUAAACUUUUGUAUAAAAAAGCCGAUGCAUCUAUGAUUUCAUCCCAACAACGCCUUCGGGUCAA